UAUCGAUACAUCUACACAUCACACAUCAUAAAAUUCAUAGUUAAAAUGUUAAAAUGGACCGUCAUAGAUAAUACACUGGUUUGAUUGUUUUCCUGCGAAUUUAGAUUAAUGUUUUGUGUAAAAAUUUAUUUGACUCUUCAUUUGGUGACAAUACCUUUGCACAAGAUGACCCUGAUAGAUGGGUUUGGUGAUGAAGUAGUGCAGUUCAUGGGGGUGGUCUUGACAGUUAUUGUGGGAAUAUUGGCUUGGUGGUCAACCAAUGCAAGACCUGAUAGAUACGGAACUGUACUAGUCCUGCGAUCACGUCCAAACAGUCCUGUGGCAAUUAGCAUUCGACCCAGAUCGCGACUGGCACUAGUGAAUCAACAAGUACUUACAAAUACUAGCCAAGAAUCCAAUGCUGAUGCUGCAGGCACAAGCAGAUCAGAAGUCCAAGAGACUCCCAGUGAAACUUCCAGGGUCAUUCCCCUGCAGGAGAUGGACAGCAUAGUGGAUGCCGAUAUGGCAAUGCUUGAUAACAACCGUUUACACUUUUACAGGAGAAUGGACUCUCCAACAAACGCGCAAAGCAAUCCAGAAUCGACACAGGACGAGAGUGACGUACAGGAAGCAGCCGGGAAUGCACAAAUCAGGGAAAUGGACAGCAUAGUUAGCGCAAUGGAGGCUGAUGUCACUUCGGGAUGUGAUCUCUUUACGAGAGCACCGGUAGACGCAGCACAAGGGGACAGUGAAAUGAAAAAUGACAGUUCGAAAGACGGCGCUUCGUCUACCGAUGUAGAGAAUGCAUCGGACGAUGUGAACACAUUAGUCCAAAAUGCAGACACUCCCGCACUCCCGGAACGAGACGAGACAAAAAGAAUCCUGAUAAAACUGAAGUACCUAAACGACACCCUGAAGGAAGUUGACGGAAACCUUGAUGAACUGUUAAAAGAUUUUAAGUUACGUCAUUUCUCAACGGAGCUGUCUUCCGAGUGCCGGAUACGUCUGAUAUUCAACGGGCGCGUGCUGGCGGACGACGCGGCCACGCUGCAGGCGUGCGGGCUGCACGACCGCGCCGUCGUGCACUGCCUCGUGCAUCCCAAGCGAGCGGGGCCGGGUGCGGCUGAGGAGAGCAGCGCGGCGGCCACGCACGAGCUGAUCACGGAGAGGCCGCAGCCCGAGAGGUCUUGGGAUUUAGAAAACAUUCUGAUGACGUUUGUCUCUGUCGCCCUCACCGUUGUAUGGUUCUUUAGGUGUGAGUACUCAAACAUGUUCACCGCAAGUGCUAGUGUAGCAUUGUUCGGUCUGACGGUGUUCUACAGUGUUGCCAUAUUCGGCCUCUAUCUCUCCGACACAUUCCAGUUCGACCGACGACACCAGCCGCCAACGACGAACAACUGAAUUGUUUGAGCAGGUAACAUUAUCUUUAUCGAUGUACAGAUUUUUUAAUCUGUGCCUCUGUUGGAAAAUCAUGAACAUCCUAUUUCGCUCAUAAGUGAAAAUAAGUAUUAAAAUAAUCAAAAGUGACGGCACAAUCGUUCAGUCAAAUCUACAUCUAAUUUUAGUUUAAUGUGUUCUCACUGUUUGAAUGAUUUUUUUCACAUUUCUCUCUUACGAAUUCACCCUUUUUCCAUUAGAGGCACAUGUAUAUUGUUGUGGUAGUAUGAUUUUAUUUUAUCUCUGUGUUAUAAAUUGAAGUUUGUAUGUAAUGGGGGAAACGGCAGGUUCAUUUGGGCCUAUAGUCAUUAGAAAUUUUAAUUUCGGCAUUAAAAUGUUAGCAGUAUACUGAUACUUAUCACUGUUUAAUCGUAAAAUAAUUUUAUAAAUCUACCUACUGCAUAUUUCUGUUACUACACUUUAAGUUUCCAAAUAAAUUCAACGACCUGUUGCCAUACUUUUCCCCUAGGUAUUGUUUUUUUUAUAUUUUUGUUUUGUUUAACACUUCUUUCAUUGUUAAAAGUGAAUGAAAAAAAUAUAUUUUCUUGUAUUAAAUGUGACUUAAAACGGAUAAUCUAAGUGAUUUGGCUGUUCAGUGUAAAAUGGAAUGACUAAUAUAAAUAUAUUUUGUUAUCCGAGAACUAUUCUAAAAUGAAACUCAUUGUUUAUAUGACCUCAAAUUUUUUAAUGAAACAGUGUAUAUGAUAUAGUAUUUUCUGUUCUGGUGUCUUUUUAACUGAAUUUUUCUGAAUUCCUUGAUACUUUCGGUGAAAUAUUAGCAACUCUGGGCGAAACGAAAUACAAUAAUUAUUAAACUCAUUGUUUUAACUAAACUAGCUUAUUAAUCUAUCUGUUCCAAUCUAGCCUAGUCCAAUAAUUAAUUAUGUUAAUGUUACACUUUUAUAAUAAUGUACAAAGACAAUUUAAAUUGUAAAUUAUUGAGAUACAUUUCUGAGUCUGAAUAUGAGUGUAUUGUAAUGCUUAAUGAUAUCGCUUUCUAGAUCUUUAAUACUAAUUGUAGUAAUUUGUAAUUUAAGACUUUUUUAAUUAUUUAUUUUGUAACCUUUUUUUAAACUUAAUUAUUUUAUAAAUAUAGGAAUAUACUACUAUUAUAGGACAUUGAGAUAUAACAAAACACUUAAUUUUUUUUUUUGCGUAAAAAAUUUUAAUAUUAUCCUAAAGACAAAUUUCUAUUGUUCAACGAUUUAGGACCGUCCGCCUUAUAAGUAGGUCGAGAUUUAAUGCUGUUGAUGUCUGAAUUACUAGUUGUAUCAUAAAUUCGACAUUUUCAUUGUUUUUGGUGCAUUUUGGCAUAGGAGACAGUAUAUUUUCUCUAAAAAUGUAAAUAUUAAUGUUUAUGUAAAAAAAGCACCUCAUUAGAAAAUUAUUUUUGUUUUGUAAUUUAUUUAGACCCUAAGUAUGUUAUUAAUUUCGAAGUUUUCAGUUUAGUAUCUAACUUGGGUUUGUGGUUUUCUUUAAAUACAAUCAUAUUGCCACGAGUUUUAUAUGUUAAUAUUUUUAUUGUUAAUUACUUUUAAGUUUCAAAGAAAAUAUAAGGUCUAUUGAGA